CCAUGUUUGGCGCCGGCUCCAGGAGACGAACACGUUGCGGAGGAGGAGAAGUUUCGCUGCGGGUCGAUUCUCUGCGGACGAAGCUUCUGGUCUGAUUCCCUCGAGCACGCGAACCGGAGCCGAACAGCGACCUCCUCUCCAUCCCCUCGUUUCUCUCUGUGUUCCAGCUCCUCGUGCCGGGGCCCAGUCUCCAUCAUGGCAGAUAAAAACACCAGGAUCGCCAUCGUCAGCCACGACAAGUGUAAACCCAAGAAAUGCCGUCAGGAGUGCAAGAAGAGCUGCCCCGUGGUGCGGAUGGGGAAGCUGUGCAUCGAGGUGACGCCACAGAGUAAGAUCGUGUGGAUCUCUGAGUCUCUGUGUAUAGGCUGUGGAAUCUGCAUCAAGAAAUGUCCGUUUGGAGCGUUGUCGAUCGUGAACCUGCCCAGUAACCUGAAGAAGGAAACCACUCACAGAUACUGCGCCAACUCCUUCAAACUGCACCGGCUGCCUAUCCCCAGACCUGGUGAGGUUCUGGGUCUUGUGGGGACCAACGGUAUCGGGAAGUCCACAGCUCUGAAGAUUCUGGCUGGAAAACAGAAACCCAACCUGGGGAAGUACGAUAAUCCUCCCGACUGGCAGGAGAUCCUGACGUACUUCAGAGGAUCCGAGCUCCAGAACUACUUCACCAAAAUCCUGGAGGACGACCUGCGGGCCAUCGUGAAGCCGCAGUACGUGGACCAGAUCCCGAAGACCGUGAAGGGGUCAGUAGGAGCCAUCCUGAGCAGGAAAGACGACACAGACACACAAAGCAUCGUCUGUGAUCAGCUAGACCUGACUCACCUGCGGGAGAGGAACGUGGAGGAUCUGUCGGGCGGCGAGCUGCAGAGGUUCGCCUGCGCAGUCGUCUGCAUCCAGAGGGCCGACAUCUUCAUGUUUGACGAGCCGUCCAGUUACCUGGAUGUGAAGCAGAGGCUGAAGGCCGCCAUCACCAUCCGCUCCCUCAUCACCCCCGACAGGUACAUCAUCGUGGUGGAACAUGACCUCAGUGUGUUGGACUACCUGUCCGACUUCAUCUGCUGCUUGUACGGAGUCCCCAGCGCCUACGGUGUGGUCACCAUGCCCUUCAGUGUGCGAGAGGGUAUCAACAUCUUCUUGGACGGUUACGUUCCCACAGAGAACCUCAGGUUUCGUGAAACCUCAUUGGUUUUCAAAGUGGCUGAGACGGCCAAUGAGGAGGAGGUGAAGCGACUCCGGCACUACCAGUAUCCAGACAUGUUCAAGAAGAUGGGCGAGUUCGAGCUGGAUAUUAAAGGAGGAGAGUUCACGGACUCUGAGAUCAUGGUGAUGCUGGGAGAGAACGGCACAGGGAAGACGACCUUCAUCAGGAUGUUGGCUGGAGGACUCAAACCUGACGAGGGAGGUGAUGUUCCCACCCUCCUCGUCAGCUACAAGCCUCAAACCAUCAGCCCCAAGUUUAAGGGCAGCGUGCGAGCUCUGCUGCAUGAGAAGAUCCGAGACGCCUACACUCACCCUCAGUUCAUCACAGACGUGAUGAAGCCGCUUCAGAUCGAGAGCAUCAUCGAUCAGGACGUGCAGAUCCUGUCUGGUGGCGAGCUGCAGCGAGUCGCUCUCACUCUGUGUUUGGGGAAACCAGCUGAUGUUUAUCUGAUCGAUGAACCGUCGGCCUACCUGGACUCUGAGCAGAGGCUGAUGGCCGCCAGGGUCAUCAAGAGGUACAUCCUCCACGCCAAGAAGACUGCCUUCGUGGUGGAGCACGACUUCAUCAUGGCGACCUACCUGGCCGACAGAGUCAUCGUGUUCGACGGGAUUCCCUCCAGGCAGACCGCCGCCAACACGCCUCAGGGUCUGUUGGCCGGAAUGAACCGUUUCCUGGCGCUGCUGGAAAUCACGUUCAGACGAGACCCAAACAACUUCAGACCCCGGAUCAACAAACUCAACUCCAUCAAGGACACUGAACAGAAGAAGAGCGGAAACUAUUUCUUCCUUGACGACUGAGAUGACUUCCUGUGGCGCCCCAGCACCACUUCCUGUGGCGCCCCAGCACCACUUCCUGUGGCGCCCUUCAUUCAGACUGUGUUCAAAUGAUAAACAACUUUAUUCCACCACGGUUUCUGACCUUGUUUCUUAUUUUCUCUAACGGCUGAACGUUUCAUCUUUAAACUGAAGCAGGGAAAGUGACAGUUUUUAAGAAAUGUAAAAACAAUAACUUUAUAUAUAUACACAAUUCUCCACAUCACUGGUCAAACUAAAGAAAACAGUCAGUUUUUAGUUUUUCCUUUAAGCAGCACCGAUUCUCCUCCUGACAUAAACAGCCAGUUUUCACUAACCCCUUCUAUUCUAUUUAUGUUUCUCAUGUUAUAAAUUUAUAUUUUCAUUUGACCAUAGAUUUAAUUUGACUGGGAUCUCCAAAUAAAAUAAAUUAUGAAAUGUAAACAAAUGAUUUGGUAUAUCAUCAGGUAUCAGUAUAUAAAUACUCUUCCCCAUGCCGAAGUGUCCUUGGCAAGAUACUGAACCCCUAAAUGGCCACUCAUAAAUGUUGAGUGCUCUAAUUGUAAGUCGCUUUGGACAAAUCGGUCAGUCAACUGACAUGUGAUGAAAUGUUUUCUGUAAAUAUUACUGGAAUAAAAGGGUUAGGGUUAAAACAGGUUAAAACUCAUAACAGGUCAAUCUGAGGAGGGCUGUUUCAAACAGGGUAAAAAGAUCCUGUUUUAAAUGAUCCUUGUGGUAUUUUGACCAAAAUGUGUUACAGACAUUUCAUUAAGACCCCAAGGAACAAUAUCAACUGUGGUGAAAUGGGCACAAUAUGUCUCCUUUAAGUGAUAUAAUAUAUUCUUAAAUAUAUACUGAUGAUUAAAGUAUUAAUCCUCCAA